AUGGCUGCCAAACAAGGUCAGCCAUCGCAGGGGGUCGCGUCGAGCAGGGGCAGUGGCGCCGUCGCGGGGACAUGCCACCUGCACCUUGCUGCCGCCAACCAUGGCCGCUGCCGCGGUGACCCGCAGCCUCCGCCACCUGGAUCCACUGGGGCACAACCAAGUGGCCGCAGCCUCACCCCCAAAGGGGCACACCGCGCCGCCCGCAUGCUCGCCACGCCCGAGCAGCAUGGCUCCGUCAGCCUCAUCAAGCCCCACGCUCGAGGGGGGAGGCAGCCUGGGAGCGAAGUCCUGCCGCCGCCGGAUCCGCCAGGUCUUUGCCCAGCGGGGAGCACCGACGGCGGCAGGGGGAAGGGGGAGGAGGAGGGGAGGGAGCGCUCGAGGCUGCGUCGCCUCCCCAUUCGCCCGUGGGGAGGGCGACGCGAGGGAGGGGGGAGGGAGUCAAGCCCCGUGCUAUAA